AUGUACAACAAGUACGGCACAGACAAGGACGGCAACGAGAACAUUACUGGAAAGACCGCCUACUGGAUCUUCAAGGCUGUCAGGGGCCUUCAGGUCAAGUUUACAAUGCUCCAGGAUAAACUCCGUGACGCGACCAUAGUGACUGGGUUCUCUAUCGACAGCAUGGUCUCUGACUUUGGGGGUGACCAAAAAGGCACGGAGGAUGUCCUUAAGUGGAUGUCUGCUGCCCUCGGACUGGGCCAGACUAUCGCUGGUCUUGCCCCUGGUGCUGGAACCGCUUUCGAGACUGCUUCUGGUAUUUUAGGUGGUGUCUUCGACAUCGUCGCUGAGGAGGUAAAGCCCGAAGAAAUCGACACGGCUGAUAUCUCCGCUGCUCUGGUUAGCAUCUUUAAGAAGACCAGCGACAGGAUCGACGACAUCCUCAGACUUGCUAUCGGCAAUACCGAGAACAUCGAGGACUUUAACCGUCUCCCCGACCCCACGGGCGGCGACCCUUGGUACAAAUCACGAGUUACCAAGUUCUUCAGUACCGGCUGGUUCCUCCUCGCAAACGACGGCGAAGUCGUCCAAUCUGCAAUUGGCUCUAUAAACCAAAGAGUCAUGCCCAAGAUCGCCAGUAACGUCAUGAAAUCCGCCAACAUCCGCCUCGUAGCCGAUAAGCGCGCUAAGGACCGUGAGGCUUGUGGUUAUACCACCGGUCGCCAGUGGAUGCCUCUUAGGGACGGCGAGGAGUACUGCUUUUACGUUAUGCGUUUCUACCCCCAGAGCGGCCGUGGCGGAAAUUGGGCCGAGGCUACUGAGGAUGUGUACGAGAAUAUGGCCAAGUAUAACCUUGGAAACCGGGAGCCUUUCUACCGUGGCAUCCUCGACUGUGCUCUUAGUGAGAAUAAGGAUCUUCAGUUGGACAACUUGGGUUUCGACCGAAUUUCUGUUUGCUUCUUUGACUUGGAGGCUCAUUUCAUUGACGGAAAUGACGACCCUAAGUGCAAUAACCCCGCUGUCAACGCGGUUUGCGACCGUCUCAAGACUGAGCCCAUCCAGGCUUGA